AUGCCUUCACCACCCAAUGCGCGGCCCAUCAAGCCGGCCAAAGAAACUCCCUCCAAAACCUCCCGGAAGAAGACACCCAGUGCUCGCAUCUCAGCCGCGUGUGAAGCAUGCAAGAAACGCAAAACCAAAUGCACCGGUGGCCCGCCGCCCUGCCAUCUGUGUGAAACCCUAGGCACCGAGUGCGUCAUCGACCUCUCUCUGGAUAUGAGACGGAGGGCCGCCCUGCAGCGCACUUUGGACGAGUCGAGGACCUACCAGGACGCUUUGAACAACUUACUCGAUGGCAUCCGCGAGGGCCCUACGUCACGCCUCGAUGCCAUGUUUGACUUCAUCCGAAGCGGCGCAUCAAAUCAGGAAAUCACAAAUGCUCUACAUCAGUACUCGAACCGUGCUGCCGAGGAUGACGACGUCGACGACCCCAUGUCGUCCCACGUAGACGGAUCUGACUCCCAGGUCGACGCCGGCAAGAGUCCAGCUGAUACCUCCAGUUUGGGAUCCGUCACUUCCGAUUCGGCAAAGGGCAAGGCUCCCGAAUUGUCCAUGUCCAUCGCCACCUUGCUUGCCUCGUUGAGGAAUGCCUCCCUCCCGGAAGGUGAAGCCAUCUUGCGCCAGUUCUUACCACUGCGAUCUGAAGACAGAGUUGGUCUGCCUCUCUGGACCUCUGAAGCCAAGAACCCUUGGGAGUGUGCCGAUUUUGGCACAAUUCUCCCCAGCGUUGCCGAGCGCGCCUUGUGGCAUCCGGUACUGCAUUUACGAUCGCAAAGCAAUCGUGUGGAGGAGCGCCCACAGGUGAACGCAGGCACUCGACGGUUUUCCGAAGGGAACCCCAAGACAGAGCAAGCAGAAACAGUUUCUUCAGAUUCGCCAUCGCCGUUGGCCGGGCUCUCGAGACAGUCAUCCCGAUACCCUCUGAUCACCACGGACCUCCCCAUGAGUGGAUUGACGGUGGUUUCCUCGCCCGCUACCCCAUACGUCGAGUUAAUCACGAAUUUCCCAUCCGGCCAACCGAGAUUGAACGAAUGGGAUUUGUGUGUGGCACAAGAGGACCAAGUCACAAGACUCCGAGUCCCUCGACAUCUUGUCCUGCCCUUGGUGAUCCCCGAUGACUCGCCUAUGAGCCGCACGUACACCGAUUACGUGCACGGGGCGCGCCGCAUGCUUGAAAACGGUGUCCCCAUUUCGGAUGUCUUGGGCGCCACAGAAAAGGUGGCGGUCGACUUGUUCUUCCGCCCUCGUCGGGCGACGGAUAAAUUCGACUGCGCCUCGUGGGCAUGCGAAGUCUCUCGAAGUUUUGAUACCGAUAUCUUCGUACGCCUAGCUUCGGCUUAUUUGCUUACGCACAUGAUGAGAUGGCUGUUGGUCCCUACCCUGGAAAAUUAUCAGAAACUUCCUGAUAUGAUGAAACCGACACCUGCACAAUGUAUGGUUCCCCACAUUGGCGCGAUUGAGACAAUACCACUACCUCCAGUUCGGGACGCUGCAAUCAACAAGCUGCGAGACUGGCUCACGCCUCUGAUCCAGGCGGAAUGGGGUGUGAAUUGGCCUCACGGUCUAGACUCGGCCGUCGAACAAGAUGCAUUGAUGGGGACCACAGUAUUGACCCAGAAAUUCAUCGAGCAUGUGACCAUUUACGACAAUUGGAGCGUGGGAAGUCGCUUCCUGGUCACCUUUCCCGAGGUGGCAGGCAGGAUUCGAAUUCACGAAUUGGGAUGA